AGCCGAGAAGGGAAGAGCAGUACUGCGUAUGGCGUCAAGCGACGAGAGCCCUAAGCCUGCGGCAGUGGCGGGAGGAGAGGGGCCGACGCCGCCGGGGAAGCCAAUGACGUUGGGGCAAAAGGUGAUCGACAAGGGGGCGGAGAUGCUGCAGUCGUUGAAGCCCGUGAAGCAGUUUAAGCAGCACAUCUGCAGUUUCGCCCUGUACGGCCACGACCUCACCCGUCAGAUCGAGACCCACCACUACUGCGGCCGGCUCAACCAGGACUUUCUCCAGUGCGCCGUCUACGACACCGACGAUUCCUCCGCUCACCUCAUCGGUGUUGAGUAUAUAGUCUCCGACAGUAUCUUCAACAAGCUGCCGCCGGAGGAGCAGAAGCUGUGGCACUCCCACGCCCACGAGAUCAAGUCCGGACUACUCGCAAGUCCCAGAAUGCCGGAGAUGCUGCAGAAAAAGGAGCUGGACGAUCUGUCCAAGACUUACGGCAAGUUUUGGUGCACGUGGCAGGUGGACCGAGGCGACCGCCUCCCGCUGGGCGCCCCGGCGCUCAUGAUGUCGCCCCAGGGGGUGAACCUGGGCAUGGUCCGCCCGGACUUGGUGAAGAAACGGGACGACAAGUACAGGAUCUCGAGCGAGGAGCUCAAGGAGUCGAGGCUGGGCGUCGAGGGGCCCGAAUCGACCAAUCCGAACGCGGACUACUGGUUGAAGCACCGCACGGGCUUCGCCAUCGACGUGGUGGAGACGGUGAUGAAGCUCCGGGCGCCAUUUCCAUGACGGAGUUCCCCUGGUUUCGUCUUGCGACGUUCGACGGUCAAGCUAAAGUUGUCAUCUAUGUUUUCGCGUGUAUCUAAUAUAUAUGGAUCACGUAAUAUGCCGCUAUAUAGUCGUCGAGCAUGCUCGUUAUAACAUGUUCGACCUAAUGA